CCCACAGUUUUGUCCUCGUCCUCAAGUCCUCAGCCUUGAGACUUGAACUUACAGCGGCUUUUGGUAGUUGAGGCAAACCGGCGGCGUUCAAAAUAAAAAUACCCUUUCACCUUCUCCCUACUCCACUCUCCGUUUCACUAUUCUUGAUUUUCUCCCCCUUUUUGACCUUUUUGCCCUUCCUGGUCCGUGAAUCGCUUUCUCGCAGUUUCAACUCCCGUUUCACUUCACAGCCGGUGCUGUAUUCGGAGUCGCUCGGUGAAGAAAAAAAUCCCAUUUUUCUGCUUUAAGCUGCUAGAUUUGUCGCCAGAAGAAUAAGUUUGCCUAGCUUCCAUGGACAAUGACUUCCUUGAAGAGCAGCAAGUGCCAUCUGGCCUCCUAAUUGGCAUAAAAUUUGAUGUUUCAACUGAGGAAGAUAUGGAGAAGAUAUCUGUUAUGAAAAUUGAUGCAGUCAAUGAAAUAACUGAUCCUAAGUUGGGAGUUCCGAAUCCUUCUUGUCAGUGCUCUACGUGUGGCGCCAAAGAUACAAAAAAGUGUGAAGGUCACUUUGGGGUUAUCAAAUUUCCGUUCACAAUACUCCAUCCAUAUUUUUUAACAGAAGUUGUCCAGAUUUUGAAUAAAAUUUGCCCAGGAUGUAAAUCCACUCGGCAAGGUCAAUGGGUCAAGGGUGCCGAUUCAGGAUCUAGACGUCUUCGUUCCAAGGGAUGCAAAUAUUGUGCUGCAAAUUCAAAUGAUUGGUAUCCAACAAUGAAAUUUAAGGUUUCCUCCAAAGACUUGUUCAGAAAGACAGCAAUUAUAGUAGAAAUGAAUGAAAAGCUCCCAAAGAAGUUACAAAAGAAAAGUUUCAGACCAGUAUUGCCUCUUGAUUAUUGGGAUUUUAUUCCAAAAGAUCCACAACAAGAAGAGAAUUGUCUGAACCCAAACAGAAGGGUUCUUUCACAUGCUCAGGUUCAUUAUUUGUUGAAAGAUAUUGACCCAGGAUUUAUCAAGGAGUUUGUUUCAAGGAUGGAUUCAUUUUUCCUUAACUGUUUACCUGUAACGCCCAAUAAUCAUCGUGUGACGGAAAUAACGCACGCUUUGUCCAAUGGACAGACAUUGAUCUUUGAUCAGCACAGCAGGGCCUACAAAAAGCUGGUUGAUUUCAGAGGAACAGCCAAUGAAUUGAGUUGCCGUGUGCUGGACUGCUUAAAAACUUCCAAGCUGCGCUCUGAAAAAUCAACAAGUAAAGAUUCUGCUUCUAAAAUGUCUGGUUUGAAAUGGAUCAAAGAAGUCCUUCUUGGGAAGCGAACCAACCAUUCAUUCCGGAUGAUUGUAGUUGGUGAUCCAAAACUUAGACUAAGCGAAAUUGGUAUACCAUGCCACAUUGCAGAAGAGUUGCUAAUAUCUGAGCACUUGAACUCAUGGAACUGGGAAAAAGUGACUAAUGGCUGUAAUUUACGUCUACUUGAAAAGGGCCAAACUUAUGUCCGCAGGAAAGGUACUCUGGCUCCUGUACGUCGUAUGAAUGACUUCCAAGCAGGUGAUAUUAUAUAUAGGCCUCUUACUGAUGGGGAUAUUGUAUUGAUAAAUAGGCCUCCAUCAAUUCAUCAACACUCGGUUAUUGCUUUAUCUGUCAAGGUCCUUCCUUUAAACUCAGUUGUUUCUAUAAACCCGCUUUGUUGUUCACCUUUUCGCGGGGAUUUUGAUGGCGACUGUCUUCAUGGUUAUAUUCCUCAGUCAGUUGACUCCAGAGUUGAGCUCAGUGAGCUUGUUGCUUUGAACAGGCAGUUAAUUAAUAGGCAAAGUGGUAGAAAUCUGCUUUCACUAAGUCAAGAUAGUUUAAGCGCUGCUCAUUUGGUCAUGGAGGAUGGGGUUCUAUUGAACCUAUUCCAAAUGCAGCAGCUGGAAAUGUUCUGCCCUUAUCAAUUGCAAUCACCAGCCAUCAUCAAAGCACCAUUACUUGACACUCAAGUCUGGACUGGCAAGCAAUUAUUCAGCAUGCUUCUACCUCCAGGUUUUAAUUAUGUUUUUCCAUUAAAUGGUGUUCGUAUCAGUGAUGGGGAGCUUAUAUCAUCAUCUGAUGGAUCUGCUUGGUUACGUGAUAUUGAUGGCAACCUUUUUAGCAGUCUUGUCAAAGAUUGCCAGGGUAAGGCCCUUGACUUCCUGUAUGCUGCUCAAGAAGUCCUUUGUGAGUGGUUGUCAAUGAGGGGCUUGUCUGUUUCAUUGUCUGACAUUUACCUCUCAUCUGAUUCAAUCUCACGGAAGAAUAUGAUUGAUGAAGUCUUUUGUGGAUUACUAGUAGCAGAGCAGACAUGUCAUUUCAAACAGUUGCUUGUUGAUUCUAGUCAGAAUUUUCUCAUUGGAAGUGGUGAAAAUAAUCAGAAUGGGGUGGUUCCUGAUGUGCAGAGUUUGUGGUAUGAAAGACAGGGAUCAGCUGCACUUUGUCAAUCUUCUGUUUGUGCUUUUAAGCAAAAGUUUCGGGAUAUACAGAAUCUAGUCUACCAAUAUGCAAAUAAGGAUAAUUCACUGCUAGCUAUGUUAAAGGCUGGAAGCAAGGGUAAUUUGCUGAAAUUAGUUCAGCAAGGUUUGUGUCUUGGUUUGCAACAUUCAUUGGUUCCUUUAUCUUUUAAAAUUCCCCACCAGCUCUCAUGUGCAGCAUGGAAUAAACAGAAGGUGCCUGGUUUAAUCCAGAAUGAUACUUCUGAAUAUGCUGAGUCUUACAUUCCAUAUGCUGUCGUUGAAAAUUCUUUUCUUAUGGGCUUGAAUCCGCUUGAAUGUUUUGUUCACUCGGUGACAAGUCGAGAUAGUUCCUUCAGUGAUAAUGCUGAUCUUCCUGGUACUUUGACCCGAAGGCUUAUGUUUUUCAUGCGUGAUUUAUACAUUGCAUACGAUGGGACGGUAAGAAAUGCUUAUGGGAAUCAACUUGUUCAGUUCUCUUACAAUAUUGAGCACACAUCUACCCCAAGUGAUGGCAUUAAUGAGGACACUUGUGCCUAUGAUAUGGGUGGCCAACCUGUUGGUUCAAUAUCAGCUUGUGCAAUUUCUGAAGCUGCAUACAGUGCUUUAGAUCAACCAAUUAGUCUGCUUGAACCAUCACCGCUGCUGAAUCUAAAGCGGGUACUAGAGUGUGGUUUGAGAAAAAGUACUGCUGACCGAACUGUGUCAUUAUUUUUGUCCAAGAAACUUGAAAAGCGGAAACAUGGCUUUGAGUAUGGAGCCUUAGAGGUUAAGAACCAUUUGGAGAAAUUACUCUUUUCAGACAUCGUGUCUACAGUCAUGAUAGUCUUCUCCCCACAAAAUGGUAGCAAGACACAUUUCAGUCCAUGGGUUUGCCAUUUUCAUGUAUGCGAGGAAAUUGCAAAAAAGAGAAGCCUAAAACCGCACUCGAUUAUCGAUGCUCUUUACAUGAAAUGUAAUUCCGCUAGAGCAGAAUCAAAGAUUAAUCUUCCUGAUUUGCAGAUAACAAGCAAUGGCAGGGAUUGCUUUGUUGACAUGGAGAAGGAAGAUAGCGAUUGUUUUUGCAUCACAGUCAGCAUUGUGAAUUCAAAAAAGUCCUGCAUACAAUUGGAUACUGUUCGGGACUUGGUGAUACCGUUCCUUCUUGGAGCUGUGGUAAAAGGACUAUUGGAUGUCAAGAAGGUUGAUAUCUUAUGGAAUGAUAACCCAGAUUCAGAUGUGUUGAAGUCCUCUUCUGGCAGACUCUAUUUGAGGGUAUAUGUUUCAGGAGAUUGUGGCAAAAAAAAUUUCUGGGGUGUACUCAUGGAUGCUUGCCUCCAGAUAAUGGAUAUGAUUGAUUGGGAGCGCAGUCAUCCGGACAAUAUACAUGAUAUUUUUGUAGUCUAUGGAAUUGAUGCUGGGUGGAAAUACUUUCUCAAUAGUUUGAAGUCUGCUAUAUCUGAUAUAGGCAAGACUGUACUCCCAGAGCAUCUCCUUCUUGUUGCAAGUUGUCUUUCUGCUACUGGAGAAUUUGUUGGCUUAAAUGCAAAAGGAAUGGCACGGCAAAAAGAACUCACAUCUAUCUCAUCACCCUUUAUGCAAGGAUGCUUUUCUAGUCCUGGUUCUUGCUUCAUCAAAGCUGGUAAGCGAGCAGUUGCUGAUAAUCUCCAUGGUAGUCUAGAUGCAUUAGCAUGGGGCAAGAUUCCUUCUGUAGGAAGUGGUGGACACUUCGAUAUUUUAUAUUCUGCAAAGGGGCAUGAGCUUGCUAGACCUGAAGAUAUAUAUAAGCUGUUAGGUAGCCAAACUAGUUGUCAUGAGCAGAAUCUAAAGGUCAAGGUACCUAUCACUUGCUACCAGACAACCACUAAAUGUGGGGCUCAGCUUGUAUAUGCAAAUGGUGAUUCUGCCUCAAAAGGAUGCAAGAGUUUGGAAAAAAUAUCAAAAUCAGUCUUAAGAAGUUUCUUAUCGUUAAAUGAUAUUCAGAAGCUGUCUCGUAGGUUGAAGUUUAUAUUACAGAAGUAUCCUAUUAAUCAUCAGUUAAGUGAAAUUGACAAGACUACCUUGAUGAUGGCUCUUUAUUUUCACCCUCGAAGAGAUGAGAAGAUUGGUCCUGGAGCUCAGAACAUAAAGGUUCGCUAUCAUUCUAAAUAUCACAAUACUCGAUGCUUUUCACUGGUAAGAACGGAUGGCACAGAAGAAGAUUUUUCCUAUCACAAGUGCGUCCACGGUGCUCUGGAAAUAAUUGACCCUCGGAGGGCAAGGAGCUAUCAGUCAAGAUGGUUGCCAUACAGUGAGGUGUAAUCCAACUCCUCGUGCAUGUACAUAUUGGGAAUUUCACGCUUGUACAGUGACUCUCAGGGGAUGAAGGUUAGAUAUGUCUGUCGUCCUGACUUACUAUUGAGCUAGUUGUGAGUUCUCUUUAACAUGAUUGUUUGCACACAAGGCUCGUUUUUUUCUUGGAAGGUUAAGAGGAAACUGGAUCCUGACAGAUGCCAUUAAGUGGGGCUGUUGGAUUUACCCUGGAAGAAUUUUGAUAAUUCUCCAAUAGUGGAGGCACAUUUUUACCUGAGCAAUAUCAAUAUAUAAUUUUUGAAGCCUUUUCACCCUUUCCAAGCUGUAUAUUCUCUAUAGAAGCAGAAUUUUGUGCCCUAGAGAAGAGGGCUAGGGCUCUAUUCAAACGUUACAUUCCCAUAUUUAAUGUAAUGCUCUAAUAUAAAUUUAUAUAUAGAUUGUCAGCCUAUCUCCUUGUUAAUCUAUGGAGUCCCUUUCUUA